UGUAAGCGUGGAAGCUGUUGUGGAUGUGCAUUGUUUAACCUCAGGCAGCAUCUCUAAUCUCCCAGGAUCAUCAAGCACCCCAAUCUGAAUAUCGUCGUCAAUAAAUUCCUAAUCUCUGCAAUUGGACUUCACACGAUUCAAAACUUUAAGAUGGCGAUGAGGGUGUCAAAUAGUCGGGCUUUGGCCUCCGCCAUGAGAUCCACAAAGAAUUCUUUAGUUCAGCCCAAGAAGUUCAAUAUUCGAAGCUUUGCCUCCACACAACAUGCUCGAGUUGUUGUCUCCCCCGAUACUCCCAACAUGCGACAUGCUCAGAGAUCUCCCGAUGUUCCAGGAGGUCUCCGCGCUCCACCUGUAAAUCCUGCAGACAAAUACGCAGCCAAAGCAGAUGAUUUGCACAAAUAUGGAUCAUGGCUCAUGGGGUGCCUUCCAAAAUACAUCCAACAAUUCUCAGUAUGGAAGGACGAGCUUGUUAUAUACAUUUCUCCAUCUGGAGUAAUUCCUGUAUUUUCAUUCCUCAAAUGUGAGAAUCUUCUUUCGGAAGCGUGUCAUUUCACUUGGCCAGCUUUUCAAUAUACAAAUUUCCCACAAUGCUGAUCAUUCCCAGAUAAUACUGCCGCAGAAUUCACUCAAGUCUCAGACAUAACUGCCGUUGACUUCCCCACCCGCGAUCAACGCUUCGAAAUAGUCUACAACCUUCUCUCUGUGCGCCACAACUCCCGCAUUCGCAUUAAGACCUACGCUGAUGAGGCCUCUCCCGUUCCCAGCAUCUGCAGUCUUUAUGACGGUGCCAAUUGGUAUGAGCGCGAAGUCUACGAUCUCUUUGGAGUUUUCUUUGUUGGCCACCCGGAUCUUCGUCGCAUCAUGACAGACUAUGGAUUUGAUGGCCAUCCAUUACGAAAGGAUUUCCCAUUGACGGGAUACACGGAGAUUAGAUAUGAUGAGGAGAAGAAACGUAUUGUGGUUGAACCAUUAGAGUUGACUCAAGCAUUCAGAAACUUUGAGGGUGGAACUGCUGCAUGGGAGGUAUGUCCAUCUUUCUCUAUUCAUUCCCUGUCUUUGAAAUUUGAGAAACUUUGUUAACAUGGAAUAGCAAGUCGGUCCUGGUGUUGACAGGAAGCCCACUACAUUCAAGCUUCCUACGCCUAAGCCAGAAGAAAAGAAAGAGGAACCAAAGAAAUAGAUUCGAAAAGUCUAUUGUACAUAAACUUCAAACAUAUUUCAUGUUCAUACAAAUGUCGGCACACAAUGCUAGACUAUCGCCACACUGCCGGAAUGAUAUUGGAUUGCGUGACCAAGGAAACCCCGUACAAUCAAGUCAUUACUU